AUGUCCACAUUCCAGGCCAGUAGCCUGCAACGGCGCCUGCCCCAGGGGAUCAUCAUUGGGGUGCGGAAGGGGGGCACACGGGCCCUGCUGGAGAUGCUGGCGCUGCACCCCCAGGUGGCCGCUGCCCCUGCUGAAGUGCACUUCUUCAACCGGGAGGAGAACUACCGCCGGGGACUGGGUUGGUACCGCCAGCAGAUGCCCUUCUCAGGCCCCGGCCAGCUCACCAUGGAGAAGACCCCAGGCUACUUCUCCUCCCCGCAGGCCCCUGAGCGCGUCCGCGCCAUGGACCCUGCCAUGCGGCUGCUGCUCAUUGUGCGGGACCCGGUGGAGCGGCUGGUGUCUGACUACACCCAGAUCCUGCACAACCGCCGGGCGCGGUGCAAGCCCUACCCGCCCCUGGAGAGACUCCUGCUGCGAGGGGACCGGGGCCUCGACAUCCGCUACAAGGCCAUCCAGCGCAGCCUCUAUGCCCUGCACCUAGCCCCCUGGCUGGCUGCUUUCCCCCUGGCCCACAUCCAUGUCGUGGACGGGGGCAGCCUGAUCCGCGAGCCCCUGCCUGAGCUGCGCCGUGUGGAGCAGUUCCUGGGCUUAGCACCCAGCCUGAAUCCUGACAAUUUCUACUUCAACCAGACCAAGGGCUUCUACUGCCUGCAGGCCGGGGCCCACCAGCACUGCCUGGACGACUCAAAGGGGCGGCCCCACCCACCCAUCGCUGAGCAGCUGCUGGAACAGCUCUGUACUUACUUCAGUGCCCACAAUGAGCACUUCUUCAGCCUGGUGGGGCGCACGUUCAACUGGUGCUGAGCUGGGUGAGCCCUGUGGGGACAGAGCCCCCCAGGCAGAUGCUGUGAAAUCAGGGGGAGAGGGGAAAUUGGUGGUAACAGACUGGGCAGCUCUCCCCAGCCCCCCUGUUCAAAGGACUUAGGUGCUCAGAGCAGGCUGUGAGGGGGCUCCUGCUGGGGCUGUAUCUCCUGGACAUGGGAGGGUAGAUGGGAAAGGGGGUGGGAGAAACCAAUCAGGGCAGGAGUGCAGGGCUCUCCCCACCCUGCAGGGACAAGGCAGAGGCCCACAGAUGCCCCAGAAGCACACUCCUAAAAGGGUCCAGAAAGAAACAUUUGCCCUGCAGAGCUGUGGGGUGAGGCAGGUGGGAUGAAGGGACAAGGGGCUUCUACAAUUCAGGGCAUCUGCCCUCCUCAGGCUGCCAGCUCUCCACCUGUCACCUCCGGGGGGGCA